CAUCUGGCCUCGGGGAAAAAAAAAAAAAAGAUAAACAAAAGUACAAUACAAUCUUCGCGGCACACAAAAGGAAAGUAAUUAAAAUGUCGAAUUCAAAUGUACAAACCCUAGCUGAAAACCCCAGACCUAGCGAUCAGAACCCUAACCAAUCGCAAGAAUGGGAAACAAUGGCUCGAGCUUGGCUCAGCGCAUUCCCCGAAGCUAAAGCCGUUACCAUCACCGAGGUCGAGGCUUGGAUAGACUCCAAUCGCGGCUCCUUACCGGCUGACCUCCAGUCCAUGCCUCGAACCGAUCUCAUUGAUCGCCUCCUAGCAAUUCAAAAUUACAUGAGGUUGCCCAAUCAGCAGGCAACAGAAAUGAAUCAGGUUGAUCUUCCACAAGCUCGCUUUCAACGAACAGAUCAAUGGCUACCAGUUUAUUCCUGGUUGGAAUCUUUAGAUAAAGAUGAAGUUGUCAAAUCUAAAGAUAUUUCUGAUUGGCUAACUGAGAACCCAGAGGUCAGAGACCAAUUAUGCUCCAGACAUUCUCGAUACCAUUUGAUGCACUACAUUAAAAAGUGUCAUUUGAAGAUUCUAAAGAGGAGGGAAAGGAAGAAGGGAUUACAUCAGACUAACAAACCAACUUCUCCAAAAGUUCACAAGAUUGUGGAAACCAAAGAAGUAGUACCACUUCCAAGUAAUCCUUUGAACAAUAUACCCAAGGAUAGCGACUUGUACUUGGUCAAACGAAACGAGGCUCUUCGUAGAUAUCAGAUCUUACUGGAGUUAGAGAAGAAGCUUUUCCCUCACUUUUCAAAGCGUCAGGCUGUGCAAAAAUGAAGCAAUGAUGAAUGACAAUUUUGAAUUUUCUAUCUAGAUAAAUGCGAAUCAGCUAAAAUUGUGCAAAUCCUUCCUCUCAAGGCGGAUGAUGAAUGGUUUUUGUAAAUGGAAAAUGACUAUUUUAUCCUCAUCGCCAUUGAAAUACAUGCUUUGGCUUUUAUUUGAAAAAUACAUUAUUUUGUCAUUUUUUAAAAUUCAUUCAUAUCUCAUAUUUCACAUGACACUCACAGGUCACAAGCCACGUAGCAUUAAAGAUGCUCUAAGCACAAAAUAGUUGAAAUAGCUAUGAGCAAGGAAAUAUUGCCGCGUGGCGUUGAUUAUAAAACUGGACAACACACAACAUGCUGACGCGGAUGGAUAAGAAGCAGCGUCGAUUUUUCUGUUUGUUUCCCGCUGGUUGCUUUCAGAUGAUUCUGAUUUCUGCCUCCUAAGUUUACUGCUAAAGAAAAUUAAUUUAUGUUUCAGUAUAUUUUAUCAAUUUUAAAAUUGAGGCGUUUUAUCCAA